UUACUCAUCACACACGCGCGCGCACACACACACACUGUAGUCUGUACCUUCACCAAACCCUCUUUUCAAACGGCUCCACUACGUCUAUAUAGAAUCUGCAAGUUCCCAUCCCCCUUUCCGUUUCUCCAAUUUCAAAGAAAGGAUUCUUGCCGAUUUAAAAUAUUCGCGCAACUUGCUUUUUUCUCGUCUGCCAACACAAGCUUUCCUUUCCUCUCCUUUUUCUCGCCUGCAGAGCGGAAGAACUUCAGAAGAAUUGUCUCUUCUGACGACGGAGAUAUGGUCGUGAGGAAGGUAGGGAAGUAUGAAGUUGGGAGGACGAUCGGGGAAGGUACGUUCGCUAAGGUGAAGUUCGCGCAGAACACCGAGACUGGCGAGAGUGUCGCGAUGAAAGUCCUCGAUCGGAGCACUAUUGUCAAGCACAAGAUGAUCGAUCAGAUAAAGAGGGAGAUAUCUAUAAUGAAGCUUGUCAGACAUCCAAACGUUGUUCGUCUGCAUGAGGUUCUGGCUAGUCGCACAAAGAUAUAUAUUAUCUUGGAGUUUAUUACGGGUGGUGAAUUAUUUGAUAAAAUAGUUCACCAUGGACGACUUAGUGAAGCUGAAUCCAGAAGAUACUUCCAGGAGCUCAUCGAUGGUGUGGAUUACUGCCAUAAAGGAGUCUACCAUAGAGAUCUGAAGUGUUCCUUAUCUCCUGAAAAUCUUUUAUUAGAUUCUCUAGGGAAUCUAAAAAUUUCAGAUUUUGGGCUUAGUGCUUCACCUGGAGAAGGGGUGAGCCUCCUUCGGACGACAUGUGGGACUCCUAAUUAUGUUGCACCCGAGGAAGAAAAGGCUGAAGAGCAAUACAGGGAGGAGCAUCUGGGUCCCCUGCCUCUUAAUGCAUUUGACCUAAUUAUUCUAUCUCAAGGGUUAAAUCUCUCAGCACUGUUUGAUCGCCGCAAGGACUCUGUGAAGCCUCAGACUCGCUUUGUAUCACAGAAACCUGCAAAGGUGGUUUUGUCUAGUAUGGAAGUUGUUGCACAAUCAAUGGGUUUUAAGACACAUAUCCGCAACUAUAAGAUGAGGGUGGAAGGCCUUUCACCGGAUAAGACGUCACAUUUUUCUGUCAUUCUGGAAGUAUUUGAAGUUGCUCCAACGUUUUUCAUGGUUGACAUUCAGAAAGCAGCUGGAGAUGCUGGUGAAUACCUCAAGUUUUAUAAGAACUUCUGCGACAACCUUGACGAUAUCAUCUGGAAGCCGCAGAGUGAUUUGAGCAAAUCAAGGAGUACGAAGACUAGGAGCAAAAGGCGUUAAUUUAGUUCUCUGCUACUUUUAUCGAGUAAACUGUAUGUAUUUUUAUACAGGUUUUCGCUCUUCCUCGUUCUUUCUGUUUCAGCGACCGCCUUUAGGUCUUGUAACAUUGAGUUUGUAGCAUCAACCGAAGUUUACAGGCUGGGGAUAACAAGAAAGUGAGAAGUAGUUCCGACCUUCGUUGUAUAAUUAAGAGUUGUAAAUCUCUAGUUGACCAAACCGUUACAGUUCUUGCUGCUAGUACAAUUUAUUACCGGAUAGACAAGCUUAGGCUGAUUACAAUCUAGCUAAGGGUUUGAUGAGAUUGGUAUAUUUUAUUUAAAUUUCUCCUUUCCUUA